AUGGUGAGCACCGUCCUCCUUCCGGCUGCCGACUGGAAUCUCUCCACCAACGAGCUUGUCUGGGCCGCCUCGUCGAAUCACUUUUUCCCAUCACUAUCGGCGUUGACCAACAGUCUGAUUUCCAAACUGCUUGAUGCCCCCCACGACAGUCACCUGCAAAGCACCAUGGCCAUGCAUCUUCUGUAUCUUUAUGGCCACGUCAAAUCGCUCAAGGUACAGUCUUUUAUCGAUAGCAUCAGUCCCGAGAAUCGCCAGUUCCAUAUCGACGCCGUUUCUGGUCAACCAGUUGGUACAUUGCCAAUGAUAGCGCAUGAGCGCGAGGUUCGAGCACAGGUGCGGAGGGAGGAGAAUGAGCGUCAGGGAACGUCAACGUGA